UGUAGUACCGGACGAGUCUACUUUUUACAGUAUCCCCCGAGACCUCUAUAAGUACGAGGAGACCGGGCUGGUGCGCGCACUGACACGGGGUAUCGUUCCCGAGUGAAUCCGUGCGCACAGUGAAUCCUCGCUCUAAGUCGCCAUGCUGCGAUUCAUCCUGCUCGGCAUCCUCGUCGGCCUGGCGUGGUCCGCACCAGCACCGGCCCCCAAAGCGGCACCCGCCCCCAAACCGCUCACCCUCAUCUCCGAGCUAAAAACGCCAGCAUCAACCACCAAGCUUGCUCCGUUGAUUGCGCCGAUCGCCGCCCCUGUGAUCGCACCGAUCUCUCGCAUCGCGUAUUCCGCGCCCGUUUUAUCGCAGAUAUCACCGUACGCUUACGCUUAUUCCGCGCCGAUUGCGGAGAUCCCAUCAACUUACUCGAUCGAGCAGCAUGGAUACCAUAUUACCUACUGAUCAUCGUGCAAAGAUCAUCGGACCGGUAGCCGACGACCUCAGUGAAGCACGUGUGGAAGUUUCUGUAGCAGCUCGCAGCUUGUCUCUCCUCAUCGAUAAUCAUCGUCUCUCUAUCGUGUAAUCUCAUCCACGCAAAAAAAAGAAUCUAGUGAAA